CGGCGAUGGCGACCGUGAUGGCAGCGACGACGGCGGAGCGGGCGGUGCUGGAGGAGGAGUUCCGCUGGCUGUUGCACGACGAGGUGCACGCCGUGCUGAGGCAGCUGCAGGACAUCCUCAAGGAGGCCUCUCUCCGCUUCACUCUGCCAGGUUCAGGCACCGAGGGGCCCACCAAGCAGGAGAACUUCAUCCUGGGCAGCUGUGGCACAGACCAGGUGAAGGGCGUGCUGACUCUACAAGGGGAUGCACUGAGCCAGGCGGAUGUGAACCUGAAGACGCCCCGUAACAACCAGCUGCUGCACUUCGCCUUCCGGGAGGACAAGCAGUGGAAGCUGCAGCAGAUCCAGGAUGCCAGGAACCACGUGAGCCAAGCCAUUUACCUCCUCGCCAACCGGGAUGAGAGCUACCAGUUCCGGACGGGAGCAGAGGUCCUCAAGCUGAUGGACGCCGUGAUGCUGCAGCUGACUAGAGCCCGAAACCGGCUCACCACCCCAGCCACCCUCACUCUGCCUGAGAUCGCUGCCAGCGGCCUCACGAGGAUGUUCGCCCCGGCCCUGCCCUCCGACCUGCUGGUCAACGUCUACAUCAACCUCAACAAGCUCUGUCUCACCGUGUAUCAGCUGCAUGCUCUGCAGCCCAAUUCCACCAAGAACUUCCGCCCAUCUGGAGGCGCUGUGCUCCACAGCCCCGGGGCCAUGUUUGAGUGGGGUACACAGCGUCUGGAGGUGAGUCACGUGCACAAGGUGGAGUGUGUGAUCCCGUGGCUCAACGAUGCCCUCGUCUUCUUCACCGUCUCCCUGCAGCUGUGCCAGCAGCUCAAGGAUAAGAUCUCCGUGUUCUCCAGCUACUGGAGCUAUAGGCCUUUCUGAGCAGAGCACCCAAGAGCCUGUACCCCUGGGAAUGGCCCCUGCCUGAGGAUCCCCGUCCUCCCCCAACCCCCUCUCCCCGCCCAGAGUGCCGGCCAGUGCUGCACACUGUUUGUUUCCAGCGGGCUGUUUAUUUCUCUCUUCACCCUGUCCUGCCUGUCACAUCUGCACAGAUGGGAUUGAACACUAGACCCACUGGGAGGGACACUAGCUUGCUUUUUCAUUUUGGAUGGGGGAAGUCAGAAAGGCAGGGCCCCGUUCCAAGCCCUGCCCUCCCUACAAGGCCAGAACCUUUGGACUCAGGGUGGGGCCAGGCCAAGAGCUCUCCUUCCUCCCCUCUUAGCUGCCUGCCAAGCUUCCCCAGGAUGGCGAGGGUGGUGGCUCUGAGCUGUGAGUUGGGAGGGAAGGAGGACAGGGGCCGCCCCCCCGUGAGCUGUGGUGCCCUUGACCAUGUCUGCUCUAGCAGGGCCUCUGAGAAAUAAAGAUCAUCUGACGUUGCCUGGA